AAAAUAAUGUAUUGUUAUUUAUUGUUACUGCGCAAAUACUUGGGCUAGGAUUAUACGCUAUGAGGAGAAAGAAAAAAAAUAAGUACUGGAUCAAUAGAAGGUGGUGGGUACGACCUAUAAAUGUGAAGCGUAGCGAGUAUGGCGAUUUCGCAACGCUUUUUGCAGAGUUGAAAGAAGAUGCUGAUCUCUUCUUUCGAUAUACCAGGAUGAAUGUGGAUAUAUUUAAUGAGCUUCUACAAAUGAUUAGACCAUACUUACAGAAAACAAGCUUGAGAACUCCGAUUUGUCCAGAGCAGCGACUUGCGAUAACAUUAAGAUAUUUGGCAACUGGCGAUCAAGUACUAUCAGUGGCUCUUGCUUAUAGAGUAGGAGAGUCUACUGCUCAUAAAAUUAUAAAGGAGACAUGUGAAGUGUUAGCCAAAGUUCUAAUGCCAUUAUACAUGAAAGCCCCUUCAGAAGAUGAAUGGAAACAUAUCAGCAAGGAUUUUUUAGCUGAAUGGAAUUUACCGAAUUGUAUCGGUGCAAUAGAUGGUAAGCACAUAACUUUACAAGCACCAAGAAACUCUGGAUCAAUGUAUUUCAACUACAAAAAAACGUUUAGCAUCGUGCUGAUGGCUGCUUGCGAUAGCAAAUAUAAAUUCACUAUGUUCGAUGUUGGUGCAUUUGGUAGUGAAAGUGACGGAGGAAUCCUUUCUAGAUCAAUAUUUGGCAAGGCUUUAUAUGAAAGUAGUUUAAAUUUUCCGAAAAGAAAAGUACGUCUACCUGGUUCUGAGGAAAAAACAUAUUUAUAUUUCGUUGGCGAUGAAGCCUUUCAAAUGACAGUAAAUAUGAUGCGACCUUAUCCAGGAAGAAAUCUGAACGAACAGAAAAAGAUUUUUAAUUAUCGCUUAUCGCGUGCUCGAAGGACGAUCGAAAAUACGUUUGGAAUCCUUGUGUCUAGAUGGAGGAUCUUUCGCAAGCCGAUAUGUUCAAGCCCAGAUGUUGCUGUUAAAUUCGUUGUAGCAGCAAUGUGUUUACAUAAUUUUUUGAAAACAAAAAAUGAUGAAAAAUCACCACAUCAUCAAAGGUAUUGUCCAAGUCAGUAUGUGGAUCGAGAAACUAACGAAGGAAAUGUAAUUUCAGGCGAAUGGAGAGAUCAGUUAGAGAUAAACAAUUUAAGAAAUUUAACUACUAGUGCACAUCGAGCUGCUAGAGAAGCAUAUGAAAUGCGAGAUAUGCUCUCUUCAUAUUUUUUAACUCCUACAGGUGAGGUACCGUGGCAGUACGAAUACAUACGACGUGGACAAUAUCAUGAUGUGACGUAA